CCCCGCCCCGCCCCGCCCCACGCCGCCGCGCAGCGCUUCGCACAGCAGAGCCGGGCGGCGGGGCCCGGCGCGCCGCCGACAUGACGGUGGAGUUCGAGGAGUGCGUCAAGGACUCGCCCCGAUUCAGGGCGACGCUGGAUGAGGUGGAGACGGAUGUGGUGGAGAUCGAGGCCAAACUGGACAAGCUGGUGAAGCUCUGCAGCGGGAUGAUCGAGGCGGGCAAGGUCUACAUCACCACCAACAAGCACUUUGUGAGCGGCGUCCGGGACCUGUCCCAGCAGUGCAAGAGCGACGCGGUCAUCUCGGACUGUCUGGACAAAUUUGGGGACAGCAUGCAGGAAAUGAUCAACUACCACAUGAUCCUCUUCGACCAGGCUCAGAGAUCGGUCCGGCAGCAGCUGCACAACUUUGUGAAAGAUGACGUCCGGAAGUUCAAGGAGACCAAGAAGCAGUUUGACAAGGUACGUGAAGACAUGGAGAUCUCGCUGGUGAAGAACGCCCAGGCCCCACGCCACAAGCCCCAUGAGGUGGAGGAGGCCACGGGCACGCUGACCAUCACAAGGAAAUGCUUCCGCCAUCUGGCGCUGGACUAUGUGCUGCAGAUCAACGUCCUCCAGGCCAAGAAGAAGUUCGAGAUAUUAGACGCGAUGCUGUCCUUCAUGCACGCGCAGUUCACCUUCUUCCGGCAGGGCUUCAGCCUCCUGCACGAGCUGGAGCCCUAUAUGAAGAAGCUGGCGGCCGAGCUGGAUCAGUUGGUGAUAGACUCAGCGGUGGAGAAGCGGGAGUUGGAACACAAACACGCCCUGAUCCAGCAGAGGACUCUCCUGCAGGACUUCGCCUACGAGGACACGAAGGCCGAGUUCAACGUGGAUGCACCGAAUGGCGUGGUCAUGGAAGGUUACCUCUUCAAGAGGGCCAGUAAUGCCUUCAAAACUUGGAACCGGCGAUGGUUCUCGAUUCAGAACAGCCAGUUGGUCUACCAGAAGAAGCUCAAGGACGUGCUGACGGUGGUGGUGGAGGACCUGCGACUCUGCUCCGUCAAACCCUGCGAGGACAUCGAACGGCGGUUCUGCUUUGAGGUCGUCUCGCCCACCAAGAGCUGCAUGCUGCAGGCGGACUCGGAGAAGCUGCGCCAGGCCUGGGUCCAGGCCGUGCAGGCGAGCAUCGCCUCCGCCUAUCGCGAGAGCCCCGACAGCUCCUACCUCGAGAGGCUGGACCGCACGGCCUCCCCGUCCACGAGCAGCAUCGACUCGGCCUCGGAUGCAAGGGAACGUGUGGGGAAGGGGGAGACCAUCCUGCAGCGGGUGCAGGGCAUCGCGGGCAACGGCCAGUGCUGCGACUGCGGGCAAGCCGACCCCCGCUGGGCCAGCAUCAACCUGGGCGUCCUCCUCUGCAUCGAAUGCUCGGGCAUCCACAGGAGUUUGGGCGUCCACUGCUCCAAAGUUCGGUCUCUGACUCUGGAUUCCUGGGAGCCUGAAUUGCUGAAGCUGAUGUGCGAGCUGGGGAACGGUACCGUCAACCAUAUCUACGAGGCGCGGUGUGAGGAGCUGGGAGUCAAGAAGCCCACCGCCAACAGCUCCAGGCAGGACAAGGAGGCCUGGAUCAAAGUCAAGUAUGUCGAGAAGAAGUUCCUGAAACAGUUGCCCAGCAGCGAGACCCUUGGCCGGGCCGGCGAAGCCAAGCCGCGGCGCUGGAGUGUGAGGAAGUGCCGAAGGCACAAAAACUCCAGUCGGAUGCCCCCCGCUCGCCGGAAGUACCGCCAUGAGCCAGGCAACCCCUCUCCUGCGGCCCUCUCCUCAGCUGGCACUCUGGAGCGACAGUUCCGCAGAGACUCCCUGUUCUGCCCCGACGAACUGGACACCCUGUUCUCCUACUUCGACACGGGGGCCGCGGGCACCGGCCCUGGCAUCGGCCCGGCCACCGGCCCUCGCAGUGCCGGCCGGGGGUCCGGGCAGCCCCCCUCCCCAGCCUGUCCGCCGAGCGGCAGUGGCCUAGGUCCCAGCGGGAGCGGGGAGUCGUUGCCCCCGGCCGGAGGUCUGAGCAGUGACAGUGGGCUGGGCGGCAGCACCGAUGGCAGCACGGAUAUCCUGGUGUUUGGCUCCGUGGUGGACAGUGUCACCGAGGAAGAGGCGUCGGAGGAGUCCAGCGGGGAGGCGGAGGCGGAGGUGGAGCCGGAGGCCUCGGACCUGGAGGAGCUGCGGGAUCUGCACCCGGGCUUGUUGGUCUACCGGGCGGCCCGGGCCCGGAAUCUGCCGGUCAUGGCUGAGGCGCUGGCCCAUGGAGCUGAGGUCAACUGGGCGAAUGAAGAGGACGAGAGCCAGACUCCACUCAUUCAGGCUGUCAUGGGGGGCUCCCUGAUUGCCUGCGAGUUCCUUCUCCAGAACGGGGCUGACGUGAACCAAAGAGAUGGACGCGGUCGCGCCCCCCUGCACCACGCCACCUACCUGGGCCACACUGGGCAGGUGUGUCUGUUCCUAAAACGUGGAGCCAAUCAGCACGCCGUGGAUGAGGACGAGCAGGAUCCGCUGGCCAUUGCCGUGCAGGCGGCCAAUGCCGACAUUGUCACCCUGCUGCGUCUGGCUCGGAUGAACGAGGAGAUGCGGGAGUCGGAGGGCCCGUGCGGACAUCCAGGUCAAUAUCCCAGCAGCAGCCCCACUGAGCUUCAGUACAGGAAGUGCAUCCAGGAGUUCAUCAGCCUUAAUAUAGACGAGUGCUAGGGGAGACCUCCUUGGGGGCUGCCCCACCUUGGCGGAGGGGGGAUGGGGGGAAAGGGCUGGGGGGGGAGUGGUCGAGCCCCCAGACCGGCCGGCAGCGGCGGCCUGGCUGCAGGAAGGCCGGGAGGAGGAGGAAGACAGAAACAACCUUCACCCCCCCCCCUUCUCCUCCCCACUGCCGGGCUGACCCCCCUCCAAUUUGCUGUGAGCCCCAAGGUUCCUGAAUCAAGGGAGCCCCCCACCCCACCCAACUUUGACUCUUGGCUCCUGGUGGCCUCAGGGUCCUAGAAACAACCUCCCCCUGACAGCCACAACAAUCCCCAUCCUGUAGCCUGUCGUUCCCAUCCAACUGUUCCCCCAUCCCCUAUCUGAGUUGGGGGUGUUCCCAAGCCAGGUCUUGCCCAGGAUGCCUCGGUCCCCUAGACCCCCUGGGGGAAGAUCCACCCGUCAGGGCCUGGCGCCCCUCCCCCUUUCCUGCUGCUGUGGUUGUCAUGGGAACCUAGUCUAGGCCCAGGCCCCCCUCCCCGCCCAUCCCUCCUGGCCAGCCGGGCCCCAAAGCCCCAAACCUUGUCCUUAACCUCCCCCGCACUACCCUCCGACUUCCGUCCCGCCCGAACCUCAGCAUCAGGUAGGACCCUGAGGGACAAAAUGGCCACCAACCCUAAUCAGUGGUAUUUAUUGAGCGCUUACUUUGUGUAGAGCACUAUACUAAGCGCCUGGGAGAGUACAGUCCAAUAGAAUGAGCAGAAUCCGCCUCAUGGGGGGUGGGGGGAAGGGGUUCCUCUCGUCCGGGAACCUUGCACUCGGGGGGCCGUUCCCCACCCUCACCCCCAAAGGCUGGGCUGCGGCCAGGCCAGGCCGGACCAGGCCACCAGCUGACAUCCCUCCCUCCCCCCACCCUUUAAAGCUGGGCCUUCUCCCUUGGGGUCACCAUGUAGACUGGAAGACCCCGGAAUAGGGCGUCACCACUCCUCCCAAACGCCCUCAUGUUAUGGCAGGGUUGGGGAGAAGUCCAGUCCCAGCCCAGGACCCGGGGGUCCCCUCCCCCCGGCCGUUAUUUUUGCUCCGAGUUGGCCCGCCCGCCCUCCUGCGGGUCCAGCGGGGACGGGGGUCUUUUCGACGGGCCCCCGCUGCCGAGGGAUCCGGUGGGUGUCCCGACCCGGGCGACCGUGCUGCUGCUACGGGCUCGGUCCGGGGGUUGGGUUGGGGGGGUAGCUACUGCCCCCAUCCGAAUCUCCCAGACUGCAUAAAUACCCACGGUCCAGGGGCAGGGCCACGAGUGAGGGGUUGGGGGUCGGGGGUGCGGUCAGGGGUCUUUGAGCCAGGUGAUUUAUCUACUUUAAGACAAAUGUAUUGGUACUUUAGAGUCAAUGUAUAAAGCAACUUGAUGCACUUUUCCUACUUAACAGUAUUUUUUAUGUUCUUUGGUUACGGAUUUUGUGCUGUCUUUUUUAAAUCAGUGAAACGAUUAAGUAUUUAAUUUAUCACGGACGAGGCUCUGAGGACUUGUGCAAUCAUUUCCCCUAGGAAGCUUUGCUGAACCGAGUGGAGGAGGGAGCCGGAGGGUCAGCGGGAGGGGUGGGGGGGAGGGAGGGGGGCUUGGCCUCUUCGAAACCGGCUCCUUGUUCCUGCCUCACACCCUUCAGCUUCCACCUCCCAUUUCCUUAUGCUCCUGCACUCCCUCCUCCUCUCCCUUCUCCCUCUCUGGGAUGGAGGCCGCAGAGCGGGCAUCCGAGCGGGGUCGGUACCGAAUGCCGGCCCCGGCCCAGCAGAAGCUAGCACGGCGGGCGCCCCUCUUCCUCUUGGAAACGUGGCCGUGGAGGCGAUCUAUCGAUCCGGCCAUCCCAGCUCUCGAUGCCUCAUUUCUUUCUCGUGCUCCUUCCGUGUUUUCAGAGGCCUGGCGGGGUCUGAGGGGGGGGCUCCUCCCUGACCUCCGAAACACAGGCCCCCCCUGGGCCUGGUGGGGGGGACUCUCUCCCCCCACCUCCCCUCUAUAUGGUGGGCACGGGUACCCUAUCGCCAACGCACCGCCCGCCCCUCGACCACUCCACUGGGGUCCUGUAGGGUUCCCCGCCCCCUCCCUAUCAGGCUGCCCCUGCCCCCAGACUCCCGGACCGGGACGGGGGAGUCUUGCUGGACCCCAGGUAACCAGGGGGCUGGGAGCCCCCUCGGUGCAGGCGGGGUCCGGACACGGUGGACCCCCGGAUCCACUGUUUCCCCCACCCUCCCACGCCCCAGGCUGGACUGGUUGGUGACAGUCUGGGCUCCUCUCUCUCCCCCACCCCACUCGCCCCCACCCCCUUCAAGCAUGGCGACCGCUCUGGCCAGAGGUGGACAGACGUAUUGGUGCUGGAGUGAGGGGGUCGGGGGGAGAGGGGACGAUGAGGAAAGAAGAAAGGGAAGGGAAGGUCCUGGUCAGCACAGACCCCAGCGGCUCUUCCCACCCUAUGCAGACGACAGACCUCAGGCAGGGGCCGAGGCAGGGGUUGAGGCAGGGCGGGCUCUCUGACGCUCAGCCCCACUCCCUCAUCCGCCCCGCGGGCCUGAGGCCCCCCCGAAAGUACCCCCUCUCUAGUCCAGUUUCCCGCACCUCCUUCUGUUUACCCAGACGGUCUCCCCUUUUCUCUCUCCCGCCUGCCCCCACGUCACUCCCUCGGCCGGCUGCUCUGUGUGUUAUGAUCUUUGUACGGUUUUAGGCCUGUUGCCAUGGUGUCUGCUUUGAUUUUCCUCCUCCUGUCUCCGAAGCACCUGUGAAUAAAAUCCGGUCGACUCGGUA